GCCCCUCGUCUGCGCCGCCACCGCCACCAUCGUCACCACCUCCACCGCCGUCACCGUCGUCACCGGCCGGGUCCAAGCUCCACUUAACGGGUUGCGAGGCCGGGAGCGAAGUGCAGUCGGUAUCGCGAUACCAGCUCAACCACAGCAAUCACAGCAACCACAUCAACAACCACCACCAACGUCGCCGUAGCGGUGCUGUGGGCGUCUCAUUGCCGUUAUAAUCAUCAUCAUCAGCAGCAGCAUCUCGCGACCACCACCACCAGCCAGAGCGGCCCAUUGUAACACCACCACCAUCACCACCGCCACCACCACACCGCUACCGUCAUCACCACAACACUAACAGCGGCGGCUCCGGUUAUCAUCGGCGGCAGCAGCAGCAGCAGCAGCCAUCACCACUCCCGCGACAACCACCACACACUAAUCACCACCACCACACACUAACCACCACCACCACACACUAACCACCACCACUAGCACCACCACCACCACUACCCAUCAUGGUGCUGCACGUUCGUGACCCGGACCCCCAUCGCUCCACCACCACCACAUCAUCGCCGUCGUCAGCAUCAUCAUCAUCGUCGCCACGUCUGCUCUCCGUCAUCCCCAACAUCACCACUGUCACCACCACCAUCAUCGUCAUCAUCGCCACCAUCCUCCUCGUGGAUGUCGCCUCCUCGUCACCCACGGAGCUCGGCCCGACGAGGCGGCCCGAGCCUCAUCUCAGCUUCUCUGGACCGGGACUCGACCACGAGGACGGGGUGAUGGCGAGGUCGUGGCUCCUGCUUGGAAACGCCUUGGUCACCUCGGAGCAGGCUCGCCUGGCGCCAUCGCUUCGGGAGCAGCACGGCUCUGUGUGGACCCGCAACCCCGUGGCACUGCCGCACUGGGAGGUGGAGGUCACGCUGCGCGUCACGGGGACCGGCGCCGUCGGUGCCGACGGGAUGGCCCUGUGGUACACGGCGAAUCAGGGCUCCGAGGGACCUGUGUUUGGCGCCGCCGACCGCUGGAAUGGGCUGGGCGUCUUCCUCGACUCCUUCGACAAUGACGGCAUGAGGAACAACCCGAUGGUGCUGGCGCUGGUGAACGACGGCACCCAGAACUACAACCACCAGACGGACGGCAUCACGCAGGCGCAGGGAAACUGCGUCCAGGAUUUCCGCAACAAGCCGUACCCUGUCCGCGUCAAGGUCUCCUACUACCGGAGCGCGCUCACGGUGAUGGUGAACUCUGGACUCACGCCCAGCACCGAGGACUAUGAGCCGUGCGUGGCUGUGCACAACGUGGUUCUGCCUCCGCAAGGAUACUUCGGCAUUUCCGCGGCAACUGGGGGUUUGGCCGAUGAUCACGACGUUCUGUCGUGGCAGCUGUACAGCCUGGUGGAGCCUGGCCAGGAGGAGCCGCCGGUGGUUCCCGUGCCGGUCGCUGAGGGACAGACGCUCCAGGAGGCCGCACAGGCAGCCGGGCCCGAGGGGGCUGUCAAUGCGGGGGCCCAGGAGGCGACAGAGGCCAAGGAGGUGGAGUGGGCCCCGCUUGAGGCCGCCGAUGAGCAGAGGGAGGGAGGAGCGACCGCGGGAGUCUAUGUCGACAUCGAGCGCAGCCUGCAGCAAUUGCUCGAGGGUCAGAACAAGGUCCAUAUGGAGAUCAAGCAGCUGGGCCGCAGCCUGGGGCUCGUGCUGGAGGAGCAGCAGCGCCAAGUGGACCUCCUGGCCCACACGACCACCGGCCGGCCCGGGGAGGUCAGUCAGCCGCUGGGAGGGCAGGCCCUGGAGGAGCUGCAGAGGCACCAGCAGGAGCUGCUGCUGCAGCUCUCGCACCUCCGGGGUGCGGUGGAGGAGGUGUCGGCGCACGCAGGCACGGCGCGAGACGCAGCCGCCGUGGGCAGGGACAACCCUUACGACAGCACGCACCACUUCACCCACAUCCGCGACACACUGGAGCUUGUCAAGCGAGACGUCGGCAGCCUGGCUCAGCGGCCCGUGGAGCAGCCCAUGCGCUGCCCGGAGGUGCCCCCCCCACCCACGUGCCUGCCCCCUGCAAUCUUCCUGCUCUUCCUGGCGCUGCAGACGAUCGUCAUCCUUAGCUUCCUCGCGUACAAGUGAGGACGCGCACCUGCAACCUCGCCCGCUCUUUGGUAGACGUGUGUGAACCACAGAGACGCCGCGGCAAAGAAGUUUUUUUGAGCCAGCACAAGCAAGGGACGCAAGCCACCACAGCCACGGGGAACGUUUUCUAUCGAUUGGUUAAAGUUUAAUUGAAAAAAAAUUGAAUGAAAAAACUUUUCCUUUUUUUACAAAAAAACGUUGCACUCGGGAGGAAUUCGCUGCGAUGCCCAGUGUCACCAUGGACCGUGUACCCUGGAGUUUAUUUUUUACCGUAGAAUAUUAGUGGCUGCAGACAAUGUUUUGCUGCACCUCGUGCCAUCCGCAUGACAAACCGACUCAGGAUGAAGACUGCACUGCAAUGUCCUGUUUGUAUUUACAAAUGUGUGUCUGUCCAGUCCCUUUGUAAGUGGUUCCUGGUGCGUGGAAAUUCACAACAAGUGGAUAGAUAUGAAUUUCUCUUUCGGAGGAAACCUGUAUUAUUUGCGUACGACCGAUACGAACGCAUGCUCUGAAAUGCGACGCGGACGUAAUAAGACCGUGGAACUAAAAAUGACCUUUCAAUGAAUCGAAAAACUAAGCAACAAGCAUAAUGUAAAAAAAACACAUGAGAAAUAAAGUUAAAGUGCAUGA